AAGGCAUAUGAUUCAACCCCCGUGACUCUUGAGCGUUGAGUUCUGCCAAGCACCGUCUACCCUCCUCCCGACUCUAAUAGCACGUCCUUUUCCAUCGUCGACAAGCCGGUCGUUCGGAGUGGGAAUCAUUACAAUGGCAGCACCAAACCCACUGAGCCCAGCAUCGCAGGCUGCCAACAAGGUGUUCACCAGGUUAGACCUUGACGGCCAUGCUCUCCCUCCCUCACCCGCGCCAUCAAGCCCGCUCUCCGGGAGGAAGCGCUAUGCGUUGGCGACGGAAUUGGUCUACACCGAGUCCGGGGACCAGUAUGGCGCUUCAAGCAUUCCAAUCUACCAAUCGGCAACAUUCAAGCAGACGUCGUCCAACGGGGGCAGCCAGUAUGACUACACUCGAUCUGGCAACCCGACCCGGACGCAUCUUGAGCGCCACCUGGCAAAGGUCAUGAACGCGAACCGCGUUCUGGCCGUCAGCUCCGGGAUGGGUGCCCUGGAUGUCAUCACGCGACUGCUCAAGCCCGGGGACGAAGUCAUCACCGGCGACGAUCUGUAUGGUGGCACGAACCGGCUGCUCACAUACCUGAAGAACAAUCAAGGGGUUGUCGUGCACCAUGUCGACACGACCAAUGCCGAGCGCGUGACGGAGGUGAUAUCAGACAAGACCGCCAUGGUCCUGCUCGAGACUCCGACGAACCCGCUGAUCAAGAUCGUCGACAUCCCCACGAUUGCGAGGGCUACCCACGAGGCAAACAGCAGAGCGGUGGUGGUCGUGGAUAACACGAUGCUCUCGCCCAUGCUUUUCAACCCUCUGGACAUCGGCGCAGACAUCGUGUACGAGUCCGGCACAAAAUACCUCUCGGGCCACCACGACAUCAUGGCUGGUGUAAUCGCGUGCAAUGACACGGAACUGGGCGACAAGAUGUACUUCACCAUCAAUGCGACAGGGUGUGGCCUGUCACCAAAUGAUUCAUUCCUGCUCAUGAGAGGCGUUAAGACCCUGGCCAUCCGCAUGGAGAAGCAGCAGGCCAACGCCCAACAAAUCGCGGAGUUCCUUGAGUCGCACGGCUUCCGAGUUCGGUACCCGGGCCUCAAAUCACACCCGCAGUAUGACCUCCAUUGGUCCAUGGCGCGGGGCGCAGGCGCCGUGCUCUCGUUCGAAACCGGGGACGUCGGCCUUUCUGAAAGGAUCGUCGAGGCUACGAAACUCUGGGGCAUCAGUGUGAGCUUUGGCUGUGUCAAUAGCCUCAUCAGUAUGCCCUGCCGCAUGAGCCAUGCCAGCAUCGAUGCCAAGACCAGGCAGGAAAGGCAGAUGCCCGAAGAUAUAAUCCGGCUUUGUGUCGGCAUUGAGGAUGUGGGGGAUCUAAUCGACGAUUUGUCCCGUGCGCUUGUACAAGCGGGUGCCGUAACUCUCACACUCGAUGACUUCCAUGCCAAUGUGGUUGGCACGACGCCAUCAGCUUAGGUCUGCGCCAGUUGUCCUG